AUGUCGAAAAAUGACGAAUUUACAUUAAAAUCUGCAAGUGCGGAUUUUAAUUUAAGACAAAAAAGUGUAUUUGAUCAAUUAUAUGCCCUGGAGAAUGACAGACAUAAUACGCCAAGGCUUAAUGAGGUUGAAGUUCAAAUGGACGUUGACGAUGAAGAAGACACCAGUCCUAAUAUAUCUAAUCCAAGAUCACAGAGAUCCAUGACAAAACGGUUGAGAGGAAAAGAGAGCAUAUUCAAGAAACCCCAAAAUCCGGUGCCUAAAAAUUACAUUAACAGAAUUCCAGACUUUAAAAAGCACCCUCACAAAUGGACUAGAUAUACUUUGGAUGACGUUGAAGACGUCUCGGAUAAAAGUAAUACAAAAGCAGCAUUGUCAUUUCUACAAGAACUGAACGAAAGAAAACUCGUCGAUAACAGUUUCGAAGAAGACAAAGUUGAUUUAUCUAAAAAAAUAGUUUUUAAGAAACAAAAUAAGUUUGAAGAAACUAGACCUACAGUUUUAGAAGAUCCAGAAAAAGUGGAAGCUGGUUUUAGGAGUUCGAAGGUUAUUAUGCCUGAAUAUGUGGUUGGGCAGAAGGUUAAGAAGGCAAAACAGAAGAAAAGUGUUAAUUUAGGAAAAGAGUUAAAAUUAGAUCAUCUAUAUGAAGAUGAAUGA